GAGAAACAAAAUACAGGAUUUCCUGUUCUGCAGCCACUGGACCGGGCUGCAGAUGCCGGCAGGACUCCAGCGCUCUGAAAACAUGUGGAAGUUAAACGAGGAGGCGCUGGGAUUGCUGAGAAAACCAGUGGGAAAUAAAAGCAGGACGCUGUCUGCUUCUGCUCGCUAGCACGGCUAUGACCCCCCCGGAGCAUGGGAAGCACAGGAAGAACCCCUCCCCCUGCCGUGACCGCCCCAUGAGUGAAGAGACCCGGCCAGGAUGGAGAGCAACGUGUCCUCCGGUAACUGUUCCGACCCCCAGAUGUCCUUCCAGUCCACUCUCUACGCCACCACCUAUACCCUCAUCUUCAUCCCGGGGCUCCUGGCCAACAGUGCUGCCCUGUGGGUCCUGUGCCGGUUCCUCAGCAGGAAGAGCAAAGCCGUCAUCUUCAUGGUCAACCUGGCUGUGGCCGACCUGGCUCACGUCCUCUCGCUGCCCCUGCGGACCUACUACUACAUCAACCACACCUGGCCCUUCGGGAGCUUCCUGUGCCAGGUGUGCUUCUACCUGAAGUACCUCAACAUGUACGCCAGCAUCUGCUUCCUCACCUGCAUCAGCAUCCAGCGGUACUUGUUCUUGCUGCACCCCUUCCGAGCCAAGGGCUGGAAGCGCCGCUACGACGUGGCCAUCAGCGCCCUGGUCUGGCUCUUGGUGGGGGCAGCCUGCCUGCCCCUCAUCAUCGUCAGGAGCCCAGCCCUGUCCAACUCCAUCAACAGCUGCUUCUCGGACCUGGGCGUGAAGCAGCUCAGCCCGGGGGCCGCCAUCACGCUGGUGACGGUGGCGGAGCUGUUCGGCUUCGUCAUCCCCUUUGGCACCAUCGCCUGGUGCACAUGGAGGAUGUGGCAUUCCCUGCGGGAGGGCCCCACGGCGCUGCAGGACGCCGGCGAGAAGCGGAAGGCCCUGAGGAUGGUCCUCAUGUGUGCCGCCGUCUUCUUCAUCUGCUUCACCCCCUACCACAUCAACUUCCCCUUCUUCAUGAUGGUGAUCGAGAACGUCAUCCAGGACUGCGCCGUGCACCGGAGCACGCUGCGCUUCCACCCCAUCUCCCUGUGCCUGGCCAGCCUCAACUGCUGCCUGGACCCCGUCCUCUACUACUUCAUGACCUCCGAGUUCCAGGCACAGCUGCUGCGCCACGGCUGCGUGGCCCUGAGAGCCCGGCUCCCGCCCCGCCGGAGCAGUGCCUCCGGCACCGACACCGCCCAUGACAUCCGUGUCAGGAAGAGGAAUCUCCCUCGCCUCAAGUUCUGGUCUCUCCCCAAGUUCUUUGGCCAAAUAAACAGCAUGGACAUCCCUGCCGUGCCACCCGAUGAGCUGCUGCUGGAGUCCAUCUCGUGAGCAUCAGCCAGCCCUGUCCAUGCAGGGGCUCCUUGGACCUGCAGUGAAGACUGCUCUACUCUCCAGAUCUGUCUGGAAUUGUCCUUGUGUGCCACAGAGGCCAGGACCUCAUCCAUAAGGACGUCAUGAUGCCAAAAGAUUUGCUGGUUGUGUUGCUGCUGCUGGGGACUGUUGUCUUCUAUCCCCUCAAAAGCCAUCAUUGGUGCCAAAGUUUCCCCUGUGGUGAACUGCAGUGGGUUCAGGUGCCUCAGUUCAGCUGUUUCAGUGCUUCUGCAUAUUUGCCAUUUUUGGGAAUCCUUCUGAACCUCGAGCUGUGAGUGAGCAGCUCAGGGACACACCUCUGGGGCUGUUGGCCCUGAUGCUGGGUACCUACAGCCAGCAUCACCUGGAGCAUCCACCAUGCUCACACGGGGAUCAGGACAGUUCAUUAUCUCCACGUAAAUAGAACCUUUUUCCACUACAGAAACCCAUCACCUGGGUUCAAUCCAGCCUAAUCUGGACUGCAAGACUAUAACCAAGUAGAAAGUAUUAGCCUAUAUCACAUCAGUGUUAUAAGGGAGGGUUCAAACAAACUGGGCUCAGCUCACGCUGCUGGAAAAGGCACCCAGAGCUGAGCAGAACGAUCCACCUGGCUCCUGGGAGCCACAGGUGCUCGUUGAUUAUGGGGGAUCAAUAUUUGGAAGACAAAUUAUGAUAGCUAUGCCACAAGCAAAGAGGGAGAUGUGACACCUCCCAGGGCACAUGAACUCACAGAGCUGUGGUGUGAGCUGCAAAAACAGGGACUUGUCAUUGGUGUAUCUUGUGUUGUUAUUGGAAGUCUUGUGUUAUUUGUCAUGUUGCUGACGUGUGUGGUUGCACAUGAAGAUCUUAUCCAAACCUUCAGUUUUGCUUUGAACACCAAAAACCAUCCCAACCCUCACUGGGUACUGUAAAGAAAGUUUACAAAACUGACUCCAGUACAUCCUGAAAGCUUCAAACUCCGAGGAAAUAAAAU